AUGCUGUUGGCCGGAAGUUCAGCCUGUAAUUUUGCGCGCUUAGAGUUCGUCGCACUGCUACUUUUACUGUUCAUCGGCUGCAGCGGCGCUUACCUCAACCUCUUUAUCAGUCAAUCGCAAGUAAAAAAAUUGCUGGGAUUGAAUGCAGAGUUAUAUUACGUACGAGAAGGAAUCAUCAAUACUUACGCGAUGAAUUUUACCGUACCAGUUGCGGCUAACAUCGACGAUUUGGAAUUCACCUGGCAAAGUCUUGCUGGAAAACCGUUGGCUUACUCGAUGAUGCUCGAUUACGACAUGAGGGGUGUGCCGGGCUAUGGCUCCGGCCAAUUGGCACUCCUGCCUCCAAAGGUGAACGUCUCGUCGAGAGGCUUGGUCCCGAUCAACCAGCAGGUCUUCGCCAUCAGGUUGCCCUGCUCGGGCCUCGAGAGCGCCGAGAUUAAGCUCUCCUUGAAGCUGAACGUCACGGCUCCAGCCGAGUCCAAGUACAAGGACACCGUCCUCGUAUUUAAGAGGAAUAAAAUCUGCAUGAAAGGUAUCCGGACGCAGUCGAAGAACGACUCGGUGAGGUUCGAGGCCGGGCCAUUGGCGAACGGAAACGGCGCCUUCUACAUCGCGGCCACGUGUGCCUGCGCACUUAUCUUGGUCGUCGUGAGUGUCGCCAGUGUCCUCUACAUUCGUAACAGCAAGGCGAGAUCGCAGCAUCCGAGGAAGAGCCUGACGUGCUGCAGCUACUCAGCCGCGGGUACUGGUGGCCUCGCGGGCAGUUCCGUUCUUGUGAAGAUGGACAACCGCCCGGGCAGCGCCAACUCCGGGAGCUACGCGACCAUAGCCGACCUCGAGCCCCUCUACGCACGGCCCUGUGGCUCCAGGGCGAGCUACUACGCCGCCAGCCACGUGACACACUUGAGUCAGUCAACGGACCCCUGCGAGAAAGCAAGAGCGCUCGCGGUCUCGAGAGCCGCCCUUCACUGUCGCAGCGUAGUGCAAGAGGGCACUUUCGGGAAGGUUUAUCGGGGCAGUUUGAGCCACGUCGGCCGCGAGCAGGAAGUCAUCAUAAAGACAGUUACAGACAUUGCAACGGCGUAUCAAGCCUCGCUACUCGUGGUGGAGGGCUCGCAGUUGGCGGGCCUCGUCCAUGGGAACGUAGUCGCCCUCGCAGCCGCCUGCCUCGAGGACACUUGCCCGAUGCUCGCCUACGUCUGCUCGCCGUGCGACCUCAACCUCAAGAUCUACCUUACCGACGGCCAGCAUCACCCAGUGACGCGCGACCUCGUGAACGUCGCCGUCCAGGUGGCGAGGGCCACCGCCUUUCUCCACGGUCGUGGCAUCCUCCACAGAGACAUUGCGACGAGGAACUGCCUCGUGGAUAGUGGGACGCUGCGCACGCGGCUGGCGGACUCUGCCCUUGCGCGGGACCUCUUCCCCCAGGACUACCACUGCCUCGGCGAUAACGAGAGCCGGGCCGUCGGCUGGAUGGCUCUGGAGACGCUGCAGCACGGCCAGUACAGCACGGCAAGCGACGCGUGGUCGUUCGGAGUGUUCCUGUGGGAGCUGGCGACGAUGGGUCAGCAGCCUUACGUCGAGGUCAACCCGUUCGAGCUGAUGAUCUACCUGCGCGACGGCUACCGACUCUCCCAGCCCCGACCCUGCCCCGACGAGCUCUUCGCUGUAAUGGCCGUCUGCUGGCUGGGCCCGGCCCGCGACCGGCCCUCCAUGCCCCAGCUCCUGGCCUACCUCCAAGAGUUCUACGACGCCCUAGGUGGUUUCAUCUAAGCCUAGUUCACCGGCCCUCUGCCACGUAAGUAGGACAUUGGUAGUGGCGAGUAGACUCGCGAUGGAGAAGAUGGCACGAGACUCCUCGGGAUUGCGUAACGGCCAGCGCAACUUUAAGGGCGGAAGUACCGAACUCGAACAUUUGUUAGGGCUCGAACGAGCAGACGUCGUUUCCGUUUGCCAAGGACCUUGUGCAUUCUCUGCCCCGGUGACGAUUGUCUCGCAGUUCCCGUAUUACAGCUACGCUAUAAGAUUAUACAUUGAAGUGGAGGAAAUAGUA